CCUCGGUGGAAGGAACGUUCCAGAAACUGCCGUGGAUUUUAUAUAUACUGGUGCUGGGGCGCGGGUACGUCACUCACGUUGCGAAUCGUCGUCCGGAGAACUUCUUCGCUGUCCUGCACGGACCGAACUGUACAAGCCUUGCGCUUUCAGAUUUAUAGAAAGACAAAAAAGAACCGGAAACAAUGGCGAAAGCACCCGCAGUCGGUAUCGAUCUUGGCACGACCUACUCUUGCGUCGGCGUCUUUCAACAUGGCAAGGUCGAGAUCAUCGCCAACGACCAGGGAAAUCGCACAACGCCCAGCUAUGUGGCCUUCACGGAGACCGAGCGUCUCAUCGGAGACGCCGCCAAGAACCAAGUCGCCAUGAACCCCAACAACACCAUUUUCGAUGCCAAGAGGUUGAUUGGACGUCGCUUUGAGGACCCAACUGUCCAGGCUGACAUGAAACACUGGCCGUUUACUGUUGUCAACGAUGGUGGCAAACCAAAGAUUCAAGUACAAUACAAAGGAGAGACAAAGACUUUCUUCCCCGAAGAAGUGAGUUCGAUGGUCCUGGUGAAAAUGAAGGAAACCGCAGAGGCAUACUUAGGCAAAACUGUCACCAAUGCUGUGAUCACCGUCCCCGCUUACUUCAACGACUCGCAACGUCAGGCAACCAAGGACGCUGGUACCAUCUCGGGCUUAAACGUGUUGCGUAUCAUCAACGAGCCCACCGCCGCCGCGAUCGCAUACGGUCUCGACAAGAAGGCGACCGGCGAGCGGAACGUCCUGAUCUUCGAUCUCGGUGGUGGCACUUUCGACGUGUCCAUCCUGACGAUCGAAGAUGGCAUUUUCGAGGUCAAAUCUACGGCCGGUGAUACUCACUUGGGUGGCGAGGACUUCGACAACCGCAUGGUCAAUCACUUCGUGCAAGAAUUUAAGCGCAAGUACAAGAAAGAUUUGACCAGCAACAAGCGUGCCCUUCGUCGUUUACGUACGGCGUGCGAGCGCGCCAAGCGCACUCUGUCGUCUUCUACGCAGGCCAGCAUCGAGAUCGACUCGCUCUAUGAAGGAAUCGAUUUUUACACCUCCAUCACCAGAGCGCGUUUCGAGGAACUCUGCGCGGAUCUCUUCCGCGGCACUCUCGAGCCUGUGGAGAAAUCGCUGCGCGACGCGAAAAUGGACAAGUCGCAGAUCCAUGACAUCGUCCUGGUCGGUGGUAGCACGCGUAUCCCGAAGAUACAGAAACUCCUGCAAGAUUUCUUCAACGGCAAGGAGCUCAACAAAUCCAUCAACCCGGACGAGGCUGUGGCGUACGGCGCGGCCGUACAAGCUGCUAUCCUGCACGGUGACAAGUCCGAGGAAGUGCAGGACUUGCUCCUUCUCGAUGUCACGCCGCUUUCCUUGGGUAUCGAGACUGCUGGCGGUGUCAUGACCGCACUCAUCAAGAGGAACACCACCAUCCCGACAAAGCAGACGCAGACCUUCACAACUUACGCCGACAAUCAGCCCGGCGUGUUGAUCCAAGUCUACGAAGGUGAACGCGCCAUGACCAAAGACAACAAUCUGCUCGGCAAGUUCGAGCUGAGCGGUAUUCCGCCCGCGCCCCGCGGAGUCCCGCAGAUCGAGGUUACUUUCGAUAUCGACGCCAAUGGUAUUCUCAACGUCUCCGCCGUGGACAAGUCCACCGGCAAGGAGAACAAGAUCACCAUCACCAACGACAAGGGCCGACUCAGCAAGGAGGACAUCGAGAGGAUGGUGAACGAAGCUGAGAAGUAUCGCAGCGAAGACGAGAAACAAAAAGAGACGAUCGCAGCUAAGAACGGACUCGAAUCUUACUGUUUCAAUAUGAAGAGCACGGUCGAGGAUGAGAAGCUGAAGGACAAGAUCAGCGCCACGGAUAAGCAGACUAUCCUGGAUAAGUGCAACGACAUCAUCAAGUGGCUCGACGCCAACCAGUUGGCCGACAAAGAGGAGUACGAGCACAAGCAGAAGGAACUGGAAGCUAUCUGCAACCCGAUCGUCACCAAGCUCUACCAGGGUGCCGGUGGUAUGCCCGGUGGCAUGCCUGGCGGCAUGCCUGGUGGUUUCCCUGGAGCUGGCGGCGCCGCACCCGGUGGAGCUCCCAGCGGCGGCGGUGCGUCCGGACCUACCAUUGAGGAAGUUGACUAAGUCGAGAUCGUCGUUCCUGGCUUUGAUUCGUCACUGCCCAUCAUGAUCACCAUCAGCCAAGCAACCACCUUACCAUUACUACUACCACUUGCAAUCACUACGCAUUCCUUCGAUUUGGAAAUAACACGAAACAAUAAACACGAAUGAAUGAAUAUAGAACUUUUAUAUAGCUGCGGUUUUACCUACGAUCAUUCCGUUUCCUCGCAUUAGUGUUCGGCAAUUAGCGAUCUCUCGAGAGUUCCUUUUUUUUCUUGUCUUUUCGUUGUCCUCUUUUUUUUUUUUUUUAUUU